AUGUCAUUAAAGCGGCCUGGAGAUACUCGUUGGAGUUCACAUUAUGGUACUCUUAUCAACUUGAUUCAUUUGUUUUCUUCUAUUGCUGAUGUUCUUGAAUAUGUGGGGGAGAAUGGUGAUGAUUCGUAUAGGGCAGAAGCGGAUGAUGUGUCAGAAAUUAUUAAUCGCUUUGAGUUUAUUUUUGUGUUACAUCUUAUAAAGCAAAUCUUGGGAAUCACACAUGAGCUCUCUCAAGUGCUACAAAAAAAGGAUCAAGACAUUGUUACCGCAAUGAAUCUUGUCAAAGUAGCAAAAGCACGUUUGCAAAUAAUGAGGGAAGAAGGUUGGGAAGUUUUGCUUACUGAUGUUUCUAAGUUUUGUGACAAAUAUGAGAUAAUUGUGCUUGACAUGGAUAAUGAGUUUGUACCUCGAGGAAGAGUACGUAGAACUCAAAAAAUGAAGAAUCUCCACUAUUAUCGAGUUGAGAUAUUUUGUUCUGUGAUUGACAUGCAAGCUCAAGAGUUAAAUCAUCGUUUUGGUGAAACUAACACGGACUUACUUUUAUGUAUGGCAUGUUUCGAUCCUAGAGAUUCAUUUUCUGCAUUUGAUUUGGGGAAGCUGCUUCGCCUUGCUAGUUAUUAUCCAUCAGAAUUUUCUGGAGUUGCUUUGGAUGAGCUUGAAAAUCAACUUCAAAGCUUUAUUUUUUAUAUGCGGAUAGAUGAAAAUUUUUCACAGUUAUCUGGAAUCGGUGGUCUUGCUCAGAAGAUGGUUUCUACAAGAAAGCAUGAAAUCUUCCCAUUGGUUUAUUUGUUAGUCAAGUUGUCAUUGAUCUUGCCGGUUGCUACUGCCUCAGUGGAAAGAGCAUUUUCAGCAAUGAAAUUCAUCAAGAGUUCUCUACGUAAUAGUAUGGGAGACCAACUGUUACAAGAUUGCUUAGUUCCUUACAUUGAAAAGGAUGUCUUUGUUAAUGUUACUAAUGAAACUAUUAUGCAGCGAUUCCAGAAGAUGAAGAAUAGAAGAGAAAUGUUAUGA